AAUAAUAAUAAUAAUAAAUGUGGCAAAACAGAGUAGCGGCGGGAUUUUCCAUUCUAGUCAUGCAUCAACAAUACAAAUUCCCAUCCCCAUCACCGUUGGGGGGGUCGAGUUAAACCCCCAUCGAUCGAUGCCCAUGCGAGCUCCUCUUUUCGGGCCUCGCGUCUCCGGCACCGCUCUCGCACACCUUCGUCGCCUCUCCGCCCGUUUCCCACUUCUCGGAACUCACUUCGCGCUUCUCUUUUCCUCCUCCAAACUCCAGUUUCCUGCGGCUCGGUGCAGCCACGCCGCAGCUUCUCGCGCGCUCGCCGAGCCUUCCAAUGGAGAAUUCGAAGAUGACCCGUUCGAGGAACUGCCCCGAAAAGUUGCCUUUUUUAAUCUUGGAACGAAGCAAGGAGGAACUGCACUUCUCGAUCGGCGCAGCGCCUACGCUUCGUUUCUCGACGCUUGCUUUGAUUCUGGUUCGGUAAUAGACGCUAAGCGAAUCCAUGAGAGAAUCUUGAAGCUUGGCUUUGGCAAAGAAACGAUCUUUCACGAUCGGCUUGUCGGUGUAUGUAUGGUUUUGGGGCAAACUUGUUACGCACAUAGGGUGUUCGAUGAAAUGCCUCGUAGGAGUGUAGUGUCGUGGAAUUGUUUGAUCACAAGUUUUCUCGAGAGGAAGGAGUAUUGCCAAGUUAUAUCUCUUUUUUCAAGAAUGAUAAAGGAUUAUGCAAACCCCGGGCCCAUUGCCUUCGCCAACGCCCUUCGUGCAUGCGGCGGAAACAAUAGGUAUUGGAAUCUUGUUCUGGAGAUUCAUGCAAAACUAAUUAGAUGUAAUUUGGGAGGUUACUAUCUUGUUGGUAAUCCGUUAAUCGAUUUAUACGCUAAGAAAGGGUUCAUAGAUUCGGCUAGGUGGGUAUUUCGACAGUUAUAUUUGAAAGAUAAUGUUACAUGGGUUGCCAUGAUAUCAGCUUAUUCGCAAAAUGGGCUCGGAGAAGAAGCUCUUGGUCUUUAUAGUGAGAUGCAUCGAACAGGUAUUGUUCCGACGCCUUAUGUUCUAUCUAGUGUGUUAAGUGGUUGUACAAAAGCCGAGCUUUUUGAUCAAGGAAAGCUGAUACAUGCCCAAGUUUUCAAGAGGGGGUUCUCCGCCGAAACCUUUGUGGGCAAUGCUCUCGUCACUUUGUAUUCAAGGUGCGGAAGUUUGAGACUAGCGGAGCAAAUAUUUAAAGAUAUGCCAUGCCAUGAUAAAGUAACCUUUAACUCACUUAUCUCAGGACAUGUUCAAUAUGGAGAUAACGGAUGUGCCCUUAAGAUCUUCGAAGAGAUGCGACUAUCGGGCUUGAAACCUGAUUCUGUAACUAUAGCAAGCCUUCUCACAGCUUGCGCCUCUAUUGGAGGUGUGCAAAAGGGUAAGCAGCUCCAUUCUUUUGUGUUUAAAACAGGGCUCUCCUCGGAUUACAUAAUCGAAGGUUCUCUGCUCGAUCUUUACGUGAAAUGUGCUGACAUGGACGCUGCUGAUGAGUUGUUUGGUAUGAGCAAUAGGGAGAAUGUCGUAUUGUGGAAUGUGAUGCUAGUGGCUUAUGGGCAAAUGGGUGAUUUAAUAAAAUCUUUUGGUUUGUUCCACCAAAUGCAAGUAGAAGGUAUGCGGGCAAACCAAUACACAUACCCAAGUGUAUUAAGAACGUGCACGUAUUUUGGAGAGCUUGCUCUCGGUGAACAGGUUCAUGGCUUGACAAUAAAGACGGGAUUUGAGCUUAAUGUCUAUGUUAGUAGUGUAUUAAUCGACAUGUACUCCAAAUGUGGAAAAUUGGAGAAAGCAAGGGAGAUUCUUGAAAGGCAAACUGAAAAAGACGUGGUCUCGUGGACUGCCAUGAUUGCUGGGUAUGCACAAAAGGAGCUUUGCGUAGAAGCCCUUCGUACUUUUGGAGAUAUGCAAGCUCAUGGUAUAAGGCCGGAUAACAUUGGAUUGGCAAGCGCUAUUAGUGCUUGUGCUGGAAUUAAGGCAAUCAAACAGGGACUUCAAGUUCAUGCUCAAGCUUGUGUAUCUGGUUACUCAGCUGAUAUCUCAAUUGGCAAUUCACUAAUCAACCUCUAUGCCAAAUGUGGAAUGAUCGAAGAGGCUCUUUCAGCAUUUGAAAUUCUCACUCUUAAAGAUGAGAUUUCAUGGAACGGGUUGAUAUCAGGGUUUGCACAAAGCGGGUUAUGUGAGGAAGCUUUAAGAGUGUUUGUUAAAAUGGAUCGAGCAGGCGUUAAAUCUAAUUUAUUCACGUUUGGGUCCGCUGUUAGUGCUUCAGCUAACAUCGCGGACAUAAAGCAGGGUAAGCAGAUACACGCCAGAAUAAUAAAAACUGGCUACGGCUCCGAAAUCGAAGCCGGAAAUGCUUUAGUUUCGCUAUAUGCUAAGUGUGGUAGCAUUGAAGAUGCUAGUGUGGUGUUUUCGGGAAUGUUUGAGAGGAAUGAGGUGUCAUUUAAUGCUAUGAUCACAGCUUAUUCACAACAUGGGUUUGGUCUAGAAGCUCUCAAGCUAUUUGAUCAGAUGACAAAUGAGGGGUUGAAUCCAAAUCAUGUUACAUUCAUAGGCGUUUUAGCUGCUUGUAGCCAUGUGGGUUUAGUUGAUGACGGUCUAAACUACUACAACUCCAUGAGAGAAGUUUAUGGAGUUCUUCAAAGACCCGAGCAUUAUGCUUGCGUUGUGGACAUUCUUGGCCGUGCUGGGCAAUUGGAUUGUGCGAGAAAAUUUAUAGAGGAAAUGCCUAUUGACCCUGAUGCUAUGGUCUGGCGAACACUUCUUAGUGCUUGUACAGUACACAAAAACACGGAAAUUGGAGAGCUUGCGGCUAAGUAUCUUCUUGAAUUGGAGCCACAUGAUUCAGCCUCGUAUGUUCUUCUUUCAAAUGUGUAUGCAGUGACAAAGAAAUGGGACAGUAGGGAUCAGGUGAGGAAGAUGAUGAAAGAUAGAGGAGUUAAAAAAGAGCCAGGGCGAAGCUGGAUAGAGGUGAAGAAUGAGGUUCACGCGUUCUUUGUCGGUGACCGCUUACACCCUUUAGCGGAUAAAAUUUAUGAUCAUCUGGAGAAUCUGAACAACAGAGUAGUUGAAAUUGGAUAUAAGCGAGAUAAAUAUUACCUUUUGAACGAUGCUGAGCAAGAGCAGAAGGAUCCCACAGCUUGCAUUCACAGUGAGAAGCUUGCUGUUGCUUUUGGGUUGAUGAGCUUGUCUCCUCAAGUGCCUCUUCGAGUGAUGAAAAACAUUCGUGUCUGCCAUGAUUGCCAUACUUGGAUGAAAUUUGUCUCUAGAGUUGCUGGACGAGUGAUUGUUCUGCGAGAUGCAUACCGUUUUCACCAUUUUGAAUUAGGCAGGUGUUCGUGUGGAGAUUAUUGGUGAAGCAGGAAAUUUGAUUGAACAGGCAUAUUUGAUGUCAACAGAUCCUACAGGGAGUUCAUGAAUUUGGUGGACCAUGGUGAUCACACGAGGUGAUUACGCAUCGUAAGGCUAUUAACUGUUGGGUCCGGAUGAAAAGAUAGUGCAGAACCUGAGGACUUUGCUGGCCUAAUUAAAUCAAAAUUGGUUGUUGGAACGGCGAUAAUCGUUGCUAACUCUGCAGGUCAAGAGAGCCGUGCCAUCAGUGCUCCGCUGAACAGCGAUGACAUAUCAACCUCACGGACAGAAUAAACCUAAAGGCACGGUCGCAUACUAUUGCAUGCCCUCUGAUACACACAAUCUUACGACAUGAGCAGAUGUCAUGUGCCUUCAUUUGCUUAACAGAAAAAAAAGAAAAUUUGAAAGAGGGUUUCAGUGCUUGCUUAGUUGGUCAUUGUCCUACGCCAUUCUCCUGACUCCAGGUUUCAUCAAACUAAGCAGAUGAUUGAAUCAGCAUCUCCACUACAUGAUGAAGCAUCCGUAUCAAUCUAUACGCUGAGGAAAAUCCUGCACACAGGAAUCUAUUGUUCAAUAUUCUCACCGGCUAAUUAGUAAUCCCUCAUGACCUUCUAAAUAGAGCUUGAAUGACGAUCAAGUGUGACGCCCCGUUUCCCAUAGGGUCAGUCAUCUUAGGACUACUCUAAUGCGUUUGGUUCACGCUAUCUUUUUAAGAUUCCUAAUAAUUCAAUAAGAAUAAAAAAAUAUGACGGUAUUUGGCUAAA